AUGGCUAUUGAUUUGAACAGUUUAAGGGACUCCCUUGCAGUCUCUCAGGAUUCGAUUGAGCAGUUUCUCUUGAACAACUGCAAGUCUGUUAUCAAGUCGUUGAAUUUGUCUCCUAAUUUUAUUCACCAGCUAUCAAAUCCAAUUGUCUUGUCCUCUGUGUCAACGACGCUAUUGGUUUCAACAUUUCUUAUACUAAGAGGCUCAAUAUACAGUGAAGAUGGGAAACUGAGCUCAGAUUCAGAUUCUGCAUCAGACAAAAAGAAGAAGAAAAAGAAGAAGAAGAAGAAAUUGACACCUGUUGGUAAGAACAAGCUAUUGAUUUUUAAUAUAAUGAAGAAUGUCGAGGACAGAAUAGUGCCAGGAAUCAAUGAAUUUGAGCUGAAUCUAGAAAAAAAUGAGAAUUUCAAAAAUGAAGAGGAAAAGACAUAUACUUAUCUAUAUUAUGAAGAGUUGCUAUUAAAGGAGCUCAUGAAAUUGGAUGGUGUUGAAACCUAUGAUAAUGAAGAUUUAAGAUUAGAGAGAAAAAAAUCUAUUAAAUUCAUUCAAUCAUUACAUAAAAAAAUCGAUAAACUCAAGUUGGAAUAUAACCUAAAUGGUAAAUCAUAA